AGAUCAUUCACAUUCUGACGUUCCACGCGUUCGGUUGACAUCCAACAUCCAUUCUGUAGCCCCCAAACAAAUCUCUGGGUUUCUGUGUGAAAGACGAAACUAUAAAACAAACGAAAAUCAAAACUGAAAAUCAAGUGGAUUAUUUGUAGUUCUCUCUGACAAACUGGAAAACUUCCAUGCCCAAAAGUGUCUCAUCUAAUUAAACCCCGUGUGUGUUCCAUCCUCAAACUCGGAAAAACUUCAACUGGAUCCUUAACUUCCUUUGCGGCCUAUUAGACCACUGAUUGACUGUGAAGUUACUUCAGCACCUGGCACCUGGCACCUGGCACUCCACUCCUUUUGUGAUUCUUGUACUCAAGAGAACUUUUCAAAAACUUCUUCAAAGUGUUUAGACGCUCCUGCUCCCGGCUCCAGCAAAAGUUUCACGUGUGUUUCGUGUGCUGUGCAAAGUGUGGAAAACCUUGAUCGAAACGAGAGCCAAGACAGGACCCAAGACAAAGCAAAAAGAAGCCUGCAAGGGAGAGCGCAAGGAAAGGGAUUUUCUUCUGUGACACGCUUGAAGAAUUGCUGCCAAAAUUUUCACGGACGGUAAUAAGCUCGGUCCUGCAGCUGCGGGCAGAGGAAUGUUUUGCUAUCAGUGUCCGCCCGCCCUCCAUCCCUGCGGACCGCAUCCGCCGCGACUGCCAACGCUCGACUAUCCCUUCGCUGCCACCCAUCCAUACACCAGCUACUCGUAUCAUCCUGCCAUACACGAUGAGACCUUUGUCCGGCGGAAGCAGCGACGGAAUCGCACCACCUUCACACUGCAACAGCUGGAGGAGCUGGAGACGGCCUUUGCCCAGACCCACUAUCCGGAUGUGUUUACGCGCGAGGAUCUGGCCAUGAAAAUCAACCUCACAGAGGCACGCGUUCAGGUCUGGUUCCAGAAUCGUCGAGCCAAGUGGCGCAAGGCGGAGCGGCUAAAGGAUGAGCAGCGCAAGCGGGAAAAUGGCGAGAGCAGCAGCUCAUUGGAUAAGCUGCACGACUCACGCGAAUCCUCGCCAGACAUCACCGCCGAAAUCGAUGACGACAUGGACGAGCUGCCGCGUCAGCGCUCCCACAGUCCCAUGACCAAUGGCCCCCUGGAGCAGCAGCAGCACUCCCACUCCCACUCCCAUUCGCACUCGCACAGCCCGGGCGGCGGCAUGCACUUGGACUCCAGCGACAAUGAGCGUCCCUUGUCCUCCAACCAGCUGACAGCCACCCCGCACUCGGCCUCCCAGUCGCUGGGCUCCAUCAGCGCCGGCUCCCCCUCGCCGGGCAUGCGUGAGCAUACGCCGCUGGCCAGCGGCCAGGCGCCCAGCAGCCCCUCCAACUCACGCAACACCGACUCGCCCAUCGAGGUGGGCGGACCCAUGUCGCUGACCACCGGCUCCCGCAUGGGCGGCCAUCACUCCUCGAACAACUCGGCCUCGUCCACGCCAACGCCCACAACGCCGCAUGCACCACAGAUGCCACACAGCUCGGCGGCAGCAGCGGCAGCUUUCGGCAGUCACAUCUUUGGCAGCUUUGGUGCGGGAAAUGGCAGCGAUAACAAUUGCGGCUUUCGUCCGGUGCUGAGUGAACAGAGCGCUGUGGCAGCAGCGGCUGCUGCGGCGGCGGCACAGCGUGGCACAAACCACCAUCCACCGCUCUUCCUGCCGCCCCAUCUGGCGGCGCAGUUCUCCCAUCAGCCGCUCUUCCCGGGCCUCAAAGGCUGCUCGCCCUUCCAGAGCCUGUGCUCCUGCUGCUCCCUGAAGCCGCCACCGAUGCCGCCCUCCUCCUCCGCGGGCGUGGCCCCACCGAUGAGUGUUCCCGUGAGCAGCAGCUCGGCGGCCAGCUCCCCGGAGUCGCCCAAGUCCAGCCAGGGCUCGGGCGGACACGAUCCACGCUCCAACUCCGUGGCCGAGCUGCGUCGCAAGGCGCAGGAGCACUCGGCGGCGCUGCUGCAGUCGCUGCAUGCCGCCGCAGCUGCGGGUCUGGCCUUUCCGGGCCUCCAUUUGCCGCCACUCUCGUUUGCCCAUCAUCCGGCCCUGGGGCAGCAUUCGCACUCGCACUCCCACUCCCAUUCCGUGAAUCACAAUAACAACACAUUGAGGAUGAAGCACGAGGCGCAGGACAUGACGAUGAAUGGCAUGGUGGCAGCAGGAGGGGGGCAAGGACAAGCCGUUAGCUCCUCAGCGGCACUCUUGGAUCUGGCCGAGUCGGCAGUGGCAUAUCAACAGCAUCAACAGCAGCAGCAGCAACAGCAGCAGCAGCAGCAGCAGCAACAGCAACAACAUGCAACGCUGUCGCCUCCAACCACGCCCACACAACAGCAGCAGGCGGCAGUGGAGGCAGCCGCAGGAUCGGGUGCAAGUGCUUUGAAUGGAAAUUCAGUGAAUGCCAAGAGUGAAUAGAAGAUUUUUGUGCAAUUGAAAUUAAAGAAAUCUAAAGUUUAAACGUUAAUCUAAGCAUUAGUUUUUAACUCUAAGUUAAAGUAAAUAAAACACAAAAAAAAGAACACAAAAAAAUAUAAACAUGCAAAAAAUAAUAAAAAGCACUUUGAAAAAAUACUUAUACAAAUGAUUAAAAGAUACUUAGUUAGAGUAUAGUUAAUGCUGAGAGAAAAAAUAGAAAGAGAGAGACAGAGAGAGAGAGAGAGAAAUCUACUCAGAUAACCCUCUGAACUAAGC